UUAGGAAAGAUGUCGUUUCAUGAAUUUAAUCCAUUCACUGGUCGUUUAAAACAGUCCACACAAUCUCAACCUCUUUAUCCAUUAAGUCCACAGCCAUUGCAAAGCACAGAACUACCAGUGAUGAUGUACGAUACUAUUAAGACUAAACCAGUAAAGGUAGCAUCAUCUACCGUAGGCAACUAUUCCACAUUGCCUCCAAAAUUGGCAGAACUUUACAAAAAAUACCAGGCUGAUCUGUCAAAACCCUCUUAUACUCUAGGGGGUAGAAAAGAUAAAGUUUUGUAUGCUAUCAGUGUUGUGGGAGUUAUUGCAGGUUUUGCCACCAAUAUGUAUUACCUUAUAGCAGAUAAGAAAAAUGAGUAAAAUAAAAAAUUGUAAAUAGAUAUGUUUAGAAAAAUUCUGAUAUUUAAAAUUGUAA